CAGCUAUGGAAAUUAAAAAUGUGUCAAGAGGAGAUGGAAAAGAAACUUUUAAAGCUGCAAACCCAAAUUUGAUUAAAAAAAUACAUAAUUUAAGAAACACCGUUUCUUCCUUAGAAACAAACUUCCAAGCUGCAAAUCAUUGGGAUAAAUUACGGCUGUCAAGGUUCAAGAAUAUUGAACUUUCUAAAGAGAGAUUGGAGGAAAAUUUAAAAGAAUCGGAAAAACGAAACUCUAAUAUGCUUAAUUUAUUUCGGUACAAUGCGGACUUGCCGCAGGGGUUGAAGACCCAAGUUCAAAAGAAAUGGAAUCAAAAAUACGACGCAUUGUUGAAAUUAAAUGAUCAUUUAAAAAGACAAAUACGAGAAAAAGAUUCGCUUCUGCAGAACAAAGAUGACCAGAUUGCUGUAUUGCAACAAAAACUGCUUGAUAUUGGAGAAAAAUUAAGCGAACGCGAAGAAUUGAUAAAAACCAUUAGUAAUAAAUAUAUAAAGCUCAAAAAACGUAAAACUGUUCAAGAGACUCUCUUCAAGGAAUCCAUCGAAACUCUUUUACGUGAUGCUCUAUUAGAAGAAAAUCAUAAUAAUACUCCAACUACGUCGCGAAUGUCUUUGAAACCAAGCAAAGAAGCUCUGCUGGCUUAUGAAACUAAAAGAAGCAAUCGAUUGUCUCGCGAAAAUUAUCUUCUGCGUACUAUUUUGCAAAAAAUAAAGCUCAAUAACUGUCAUUGUCAUGAAAAGCAGUCUGAUUCUAUCGUAACCAGUUGGCUAACUUUUAAAUUAUUCAAUCAUGAAUACACACUAGAAUUGCUCCAGCCAAUAAAUCUAUGGAGUUUUAUAUGGGAAAAAAUUGGUAACGCAUCAAUGGCUUAUUAUGACUUGUCGUCAAUUUGGAACGGAACAAAACCAAAUGAAGCGAAUGAAUUUAAUCUAUUUGAAAACCCUGCAAAGUUGGGAGUGCUUACAGGAUUAAUUAUAGCUUUGUUUAUUGAAUCUCAAUACGUUCCUGCGAAGUUUGACAAUUACAUCAAAUCAAAGUUGAAAAAUGUCGCGUUUAUGAUACUGAACAUCAGUUGCUUUUUAUUAACCGCUCCAGUAAUCUCAAUAUUACUCGUUACAUUUUUCAUCUAUCGCCAGAUUGUUUGCUUGACGUUAAAAAUUACUUUGGGAGAAAAAUUUGCCGGUUUAUUGGAAGGAACCGACUGUGUCUGGGCCAUAGAAGACCCUUCGGCUUUGUCGGUGAUAAAUAUUCUCGGAGUUUUGGAACUAAACUCACUGAGUAAUGGUAUAAAUAUCCUCGAAGAAGUUAGAGCGUUGAUGGUUAUUAAAGAACGCUUAUUGUUGUUUCCAAGCUUUGAGAAGCUUUUUUGGAAGCGAGAGAAAAAGUAUGGCUACUAUUUUUGGAGGAGGAGCGGUGUUAACUUGGAAGAACGCGUUCGUUUGCUGGAUGUCGAUCACAGCAGAUGCAAAGAAACUUGCAAUUACUAUAGAGAAUACUUAAGAGAAAUAAUAGCGCAAGAAUGUAACAAACCGCUUCCUGAAAAUCAUUCCAUGGGCUGGGAAAUUUUGAUACUACAAAAUUGUCAAAAGAAGACAUUUGGCAGUGAAAGAACUGUUUCAUUAUUAUUCCGAGUUCAUCAUUGCGUGGGAGAUGGCGUCGCUUUGUUGAGACUUUUGCUAGAAGCGAUAGCCGAUUCUUCAAAUUCAAAAGUUAAAGUUCAGCUUUUAGAUGACAAAAAAAUAAAAAUAAAAGUUAAUCAAAGCAAUUUAUUAUCUAUACCUAUACUUCGGAGAUGUUCGUCAAUUUACGGAAGUUUGAAAUAUUCUUCAGAUGUUGUUUAUUAUUCUUCUGAUGUCCUGAGUGCGGCGAUGCCGUUCGCGAUAGGAAUUCCUUUGUACCGAAUUUUUAAAAGCUUUCAAAAAUAUUUGAAAGUUCAAUGGGAACUCUUAGGUUGUUCAGAAGCCGAAGAAAUGAAAGUAAAAAUUAUAAAAACUUUGAAAAUUAUCAGAGUGAUUAUUAUUGAAACUCUGAAAAAAUUACGAAAAGUUUGUAAGAAUAUUUUUAAAAAUAUAAUGGCGUUGAUCUUGAUCCCGGAUUGUCUUUUUCGACAAGCUUGUCUCAGUUUCGAUGAAAGUGCUUUGCACGGUCCGGAAUUGACUGGAAAUAAGAAGAUAUCUUGCUGGAUAGAAGACACAAGCGAUUCUCACGUAAGCUUGUUGGAAAAAAUAAGAGACAUAAAAAAUAUAACAGACACUAGAUUUGGUGAUGUGGUUCUUGCUGCUUUGUCCGCUAAUUUAUACAAACAUUUCCAUCAGAUCGGUAAAACUGCGCCAAAAAAAUUGACUAUUGUCAUUCCAGCGAGAAUGUCAAAACCGAAUCAAAAAUUAGCUUUGAAAAAUCGCUUCUCUGUAGGAUUAUUGCCACUCUGUAUUUCUGAAGUAAAUGGAAUCUGUUGCGAGCCGACAAACGAUCCUAGAAAGUUACUCGAUCGUUUGCGUGAUGUGUCAAGGUCGACUAGAAAACUAAGAACUGAUCCAGAUUACUUGAUUAACUACUGGGUAAUGACUUGGUUUUCGGCUGCGUUGCCUGAAGUAUUUCUCAGGACAUUUCUUAAAAGUUACAGUACUAUGGUAUUCAGUAAUUUACCAGGACCACAGGCAGUUGCUGUUCUGGGUCAUACGUUAAAGAAAGUUGCAUUUUGGAUCCCUAGUAGAGGAACAACAGGCAUUGGUUGCUCACUCCUGACUUACAACGGAAAUGUCCAUCUUUCAUUGCAAGCUGAUGAAGCAGUGGUCAGUGAAGAAACCAGCCUCGAUGAAAUUCUCAAAGGUACUAUUGAUGACAUUAAAGCUCUUCAUGAUAUUAUUACACUACCUUGUUUCGCAAAAUCAUUUUUAGACACCGCAGAAGCACCCAUGGAAACAGGUUUCGGUGUGCAUUAA